AUGGGAAAGUACUGGUGUACAACGUGUUCUUUGUUUGUGGAUGAUACCAAGUUCGGCAGGUCUCUCCAUGAGGCCUCAAGCAAACACAAGUAUCUCACCACCAAGAUCGUCCAUGAUCUCAAUCGCAAAAAACGGGAAGACGAUAAACAGAAGAAAAUAGUUGAUGCCGAGUUACACAGAAUAAAUAAGGAGCUGCAUAUUGAGACAAAGAAGGAGCCUACCAAGAAGGGUCCGUCAUAUGGAUAUGCUGAGCCAUGGCACAAAAAGAACACCAAUCCUGAAGAUGGGGAGGCUGAAAACAAGGAAGACGAAUCAGAAGACACGAAGAUCCCACAAUGGUCUACAGUGGAGCAAACAGAGAGCUCGAUAUCGCAAACCGAAAAGGUCAUUGCACAGAAGGCCUUCCAUAGAGAACAUACAGCCUCGGAGAAGGAGACCAAAAAUUGGGAGCUGAAGCAGAAAAAACCUGAUAUAGACGAUCUAGAAGAAGACGAGAUCGAGAUACCUGUGUUUAAAAAGAGGAAAUCCACAAAGAAAGUUAGCCAAUGA